UGAUUGUGGUUUUGUGUAUUUGCUGUAAUUCAUUCCUAUUGUCCUAUUUCUAACUACCUACGAGUUCGUGUUUGUUGUUUUUUUUUUAUCACUUCUGCCGUACCUAUAUAUUAUAUUACGAUAAAUACUUGUAUAAAUUGAAUAAGAUUUAUGUUGUGUGGGCGAAAAACUUGUCGUUUUUGAGAACCCAUACAGCAAAACUGGCGGUAAUGGCCAACCCACGAUUCACCUUGUCGUGGGACGCUUUCCAGAAUAACAUUUGUAAUGGCUUAGGAGCUUUGCAGCAGAAUGAAGAGUUUGUGGAUAUGACUUUAGCUGCGGAUGGGCAUUUUGUAAAAUGUCAUCAGAUAGUCAUGUCCCUGGCGAGCCCGUACAUUAAGGAUCUGAUAAAGUCAGUACAUGGUCAAAACCCAGUGAUAUUUUUAAAUAAAAUCUCAGCGCACACGCUAUGUUCAAUAUUGGAGUAUAUUUAUACCGGCCAAGCAGUCGUGUCCAGGGAACAUAUAGAUGAACUCAUUGAAGCGGCCCAAGCUCUACAUAUUAAUGGCUUAAAAGACAUGAAUUAUAAAACAUUUCUCACUGACGCUAAUAAUCCAUCUGGCUACGUAAGCACUACACAGAACAUGAGUGAAACAUAUGAAAAAGAGGAGCCAUUGAAUUCGGAUCACGAAACAUUUCACAAUUCAAUAGAAUUCUGUGACGCAGGCAGCCCAGAAACGACAGAUAAAGUAAUAAACAGCGACACUAUGGACAGUAACAGAAGGGGAGAACAAAAGCAGAAAUUGGCAGUUAAAAAAAAUCUAACAAAACCUUUGGAUAUACCGAAGUCCAUACAGAUUCAGUACAGCGUCUCUAACCAAGGGAACCUGCAAAUUAUACUGAAUAGAUAUAUUUACUGUUUGAGAUACAAAGGCAAAGAUGGCUAUAGACAAUGGCGUUGUAUAGACUGUAAUGGCACUAAGAAAUGCAGGGCGGUCGUGUGUACCAAAGAUGAUGUAGUUUUGAAAAGGACUUCAGUGCAUAUACAUCCAUUCCACGACAAGCAAAUUGCCAAAAAAGUGCGUAACAAUGCAAUAUUUUCAAUGAUAUCAGAGGCGGCAGAAUGCGGCGAUAUUAAAAAGAAAAAUAAGUCAUCGGCAUCUAUUUUGAAUGAAUGAGGUAUCUUGAAUGAAUAAA